AUGGUGCGCCCCAGGUCGUCGAAACCCUCGACUGGAAUCCACACGGCGCCGCGCGCUUCGAAACCCUCAGCUCCUACUACUGGCCCUCGAGUCCUGUACUGGUUCCGCACGGACCUGCGCGUACACGACUCCCCGGCGCUCACGCACGCGUUGUCCCUCGCGCCCUCGGCCUUGAUCCCCCUCUGGACAUGGGACCCCCACUACGUCUACCGCCAGCGCGGGGCCACCAACCGCUGGGCGUUUCUGACAGAGUGUAUGCGCGACCUGUCGCAGCGGUUGACGGCGCUAAAUGCGCGGCAGAAAUUGUUCGUCGUGCGCGCGGCACCGCGAAAAGUCAUGCGUCAUUUGUUCGAGCGGUGGGGGAUCGAUGUCCUUGUGUUUGAGCAGGAUACGGAUCCCUACGCCGUCAUUCGAGACGAAGAAGUCACCAAGGUGGCGGAGCGCUGUGGCGUGCGGGUUGUUUCAGUACCGGGCCGGACGCUGUUCGCGUCGCGCGAGGUCGUCAGGAUGAAUGCGGGGAGGCCGACGAUGAGUAUGGCGCAGCUUUUGAAGGCCGUGGAGAAGAUCAAUGGUGGUGUCCCCGCCAGACCACUCGACGCGCCGACACUGUUGCCGGAUCCGCUGGACGGACAGGCCAUGGAUUUGACGGCCCUGGAGGCGGAGCUGGACGUUCUGACGAGGAAGGACCAUAAAGCCCAGGAUCAUUCUCGGGCCGCGGAGAGCUGGCCUCGCGCUGAAGGACUGGAUGAUUAUAAUGCCGUGCAGAGGACGUUUAGAGAACAAGAAACUCAGUAUUCAUGUGGGCUUAUGGGUCCGGGCCGCGACUUUGGCGUCCCGACGCUGCAGGAGAUGGGGUUCGAUCCCGCGAGCGUGACGACGCCGCAUCGAGGUGGCGAGACGGCCGCGUUGGAGGCCCUGGCCCAACACGUCGCCAAUGAGGAAUAUAUCGCCACGUUCGAGAAGCCCGCGACGGCGCCCACGGCGUUCGACCCUCCGGCCACGACGGUGCUCAGCCCGCACAUGCACUUCGGCAGCCUCUCGUGCCGCAAGUUCUGGUGGGACGUCCAGGCCGUGAUCGAGCGGCGGCGGAAGGAGCAUAAACCCGUCAGUCACCAGCCCGUGAAUAUUCCAGGACAGUUGCUCUUUCGGGACAUGUACUUUGCGGCACAUUGUCAGGUGGGCGUGGCCUUCGGGCAGCAGAUCGGCAAUCCGGUCGCCCGAUUCAUCCCCUGGCAUUUGCAGUCGCGCUAUCGACGCGCUGGAACGGAUCCGCACGCCAAACUCGUCACGGAUGGAACGUAUAUCGUCGACGAUGCCAAGGCAGAGGAGUACUUCCAGCGGUGGAAACACGGUUGCACGGGCUUUCCCUGGAUCGAUGCCCUUAUGCGCCAGCUCAAGCAGGAGGGCUGGAUCCACCACCUCGGCCGCCACGCCGUGGCUUGCUUCCUGACCAGAGGAGGCUGCUACGUGUCCUGGGAACGCGGGGCCGAAGUGUUCGAAGAGUGGCUCGUCGACCACGAAGUCGCGUGCAAUGCAGGCAACUGGAUGUGGCUCUCAUGUACCGCCUUCUUUAGCCAAUUCUAUCGAUGUUACAGCCCCGUGGCCUUUCCAAAGAAGUGGGAUCCUGAGGGCAAGUUUGUGAGGAAGUACGUGCCGGAGCUUCAGAGGUUCGACAAGAAGUAUAUCUAUGAGCCGCACAAGACGCCGAUAGCGGAUCAGAAGGCCUGGGGCUGCGUCGUUAAGGGUAAUGGUGGUAGCGGUGGAGUUGAUGAUGUGGAGGAAAGGGGCUAUGCAGUCUAUCCGAAACCCAUGUUCGACUUCACCGAGAGGAAGCAGUUCUGCAUUGAUCAGAUGAAAAAGGCCUAUGCUGUAGGAUUGUAUGGCGAUGACGAGAGGGUCGUCAGUGGGGAGUGGAAGAAGUUGUUCGAACGAGAUGACGACGGUGGGAUGUGGAGGGAAGAGGCCAAUGGUGACAUACUAGUAGCAAGAGGCGAGAAGCGAUCCAGAGACGACGGCGCGGCUGAUCAUGAUGGUGAGGAUGAUUCGCACGACGAGAUCGACGUCGGUGAUGAGAGUCUCGAUGUUCGUGCGGCGAAGAGAAAGGCCAUGAAGGAACAGCCGCCCACGAUGGGCAAGCAACAGCGGACUUUGGAUUCGAUGGUAUCCAGGCUGAGAGUAAAGAGGUGA